CGAACUGCGCACUUGCACUCACUUCCUGGUGUACCAUUUCCUGCGAAGAAUAAAAAUACACUUACCAGUCCUGCUAGACAAGUUAUAUCUAGCUCUUGGUAGGACAGUAAAAUACCAUUUUAUUUCAAGGUCGUUACCCUUCAUGUUUUUGUUCAUGAAUUUACCUCCAUGUCCAGACGGCCGGUGCAUGGUGAGCAAAUAAGCCCCGGUAACUGACGUGAGCUAGUAUGUCGCUGUCGUUACCAUCCACUGACAUGCUUGAGACACCUCCAGGAUAUCCAUUUGAGGAAAUUAAUUAUGAAGACAUUGAUGUAGAAGAGGUAGUAGGCAGAGGAGCUUUUGGCGUGGUCUGCAAAGCCAAGUGGAAAGGCAAAGAUGUUGCUAUCAAGACCAUUGAGAGUGAAUCAGAAAGAAAAGCCUUCAUUGUUGAGCUCCGGCAACUUUCCCGUGUAAAUCAUCCUAAUAUUGUGAAGUUGUACGGCUCCUGCAGUAAUCCAGUCUGCCUUGUGAUGGAAUAUGCUGAAGGAGGGUCACUGUACAAUGUGCUGCAUGGUGCUGAACCACUCCCCUGUUACUCUGCUUCUCAUGCCAUGAGCUGGUGUUUACAGUGUUCCCAGGGUGUUGCCUACCUCCAUGGCAUGAAACCAAAGGCCCUGAUCCACAGGGACCUCAAGCCACCCAAUUUGCUUCUUGUGGCUGGUGGCACUGUACUCAAGAUAUGUGAUUUUGGAACAGCCUGUGACAUUCAGACUCAUAUGACAAAUAACAAAGGAAGUGCAGCAUGGAUGGCUCCAGAGGUAUUUGAAGGCAACAAUUACAGCGAGAAGUGUGACGUGUUUAGCUGGGGAAUAAUUCUCUGGGAGGUGGUCACACGUAGGAAGCCCUUCGAUGAAAUCGGAGGACCGGCCUUUCGUAUUAUGUGGGCUGUACAUAAUGGGACAAGACCACCUUUGAUCAAAAAUUUACCAAAACCAAUUGAGAAUUUGAUGACCCAAUGCUGGUCCAAAGACCCUUCUCAGCGGCCUUCUAUGGAAGAGAUUGUGAAAAUCAUGACUCAUCUCAUGAGUUACUUUCCAGGAUCCGAAGAACCCCUGCAAACUCCAUAUCAAUAUUCAGAUGAUGGACAGAGCAACUCUGCAACUAGGACGGGUUCAAAUGUGGACAGCAGUGACACCAAAAGUGAUCCAAACAUUGAGCGCAGCGAUUCUCAAGGAAGCAACGACACUAUUAAGAUCACACCACAAUAUGCGCCUCACUUCAAGCCAAAGGGAGAUCCUUUGAGGUCACUGCCUCUUUCCAGAGGAGGUAGUUUUGAGAGUCUACCUGCUCGAACACAGGGUUUCACAUCCUCUGAAAAUAAACGAAUGAGUGCUGACCUUUCAGAGCUGGAGCCCAAGAUGGGAUUUGUAUCAGCAGCACGCCCCCCGUAUAAACGAGGCCAUCGUAAAACAGCAUCUUAUGGCACCAUUCUGGAUGUUCCCAAGAUCGUCUUCACAGCCACGUGUGAACCUCAGAGGCGCCGCUCUGUACAGGAUUUGCCAGGAAUUGGGACAGAAUCCACCCAGGGAAGUAGGAACAGUAGCCGAUCUUCUAGUCCCAGUUUGAGGAUGAUGCCGCCUGACAAGGGAAACAGUAGAGGUUACUUCUCCCCUGAUGACCCCACAGACACCAACGGCUCAGACAAUUCAAUUCCAAUGGCUUACCUCACCCUUGAUCACCAGCUGCAGCCCCUGGCUCCUUUCCCCAACUCAAAAGAGUCCAUGGCCGUUUUUGAGCAGCACUGCAAAAUGGCGCAAGAAUAUCUGAAAGUGCAAACAGAGAUCGCCCUGCUAAUCCAGAGGAAAAAGGAACUUAUUGCUGAACUGGACCAAGAUGAGAAGGACCAGCAGAACACGUCCCGUCUGGUGCAGGAACAUAAAAAACUACUGGAAGAGAACAAGAGUCUGUCCACAUACUACCAGAAGUGCAAAAAACAACUGGAGCUGAUCCGGGUGCAGCAACAAAAGCGACAGGGGACUUUGUGAUAUGUACUCGCCGACAUCUGACAUAAACACAAGCGCGUGUAUGUGCACGCACGUAAAGAACACAAACGUCAGUUCAGUCCAGUCCCGUCGUGCUGGUGUACCCUGCGUGUCACACUGUCAUGUCUGCCGCUGUCUUGCAGGAAGGUGUCUUCUGUACAUAUAUUUGCACAUAGUCACAGUGUGACUGCAGACCAAACAAUCACUGCAUUGGUGUGGAGUUUGCUUCUAUUGCAGCUGAGUGUGACAGCAUGUUGGUGAGGGCGCUUCGUGUAUUUUACAUGUUGCCCUCGGGGCGGUCUUCUUGGCACACCAGUUGAUGUUUUUUCAUUCCUUAGCAUUCUCUGGCACCCUUCUAGCAGCCGAUGGUGAGAUCAUCCUCAAGAAUGUGAGGGGGGAGGAAAAAAAGCAAAACUGUUCUUCAGCGACAUGAGUGUGUGCAGAAUUGAUGAAAUGCGGAGGAUAAUUGGAGACUGUCUUUCGAAGUGUGUGUGUAAACCAUUAUGCAAAUGUACACCGCAAAGUAUCAGUGUAGUCAUAAUCAGCCUCUCCUUUUCCAUCAGUGCUAUUAUCCCGGGCAGAGACCAUGAUUAAUUCUUCCAGUGAGUUGAAAUGAGGGAUUUGGUUCAGAUUGUGUCUUACUCGUCUUUUACGUUCCUCAGAGGAAGAACAAGUUCUGAACAAUCUCUUCAUGUGCACAUGGAUGCAAAAAUAACACAAUAAGCUUUCAAAGCAAAUGCUGUGGAUUCCACAUUUAACACUUUUUUUUUUGUAUUCGACCUAAGUGCUGUUUUGACUCAAUGUUUUUUUUUUGUCUUUUCAUUUUCUUAGUCGUCGUUUGGUUUAUGACAUUUUAUGGGGUGUGGGAAUUUUAAUUUAAGCUCAUAAAGGCCCAUAUAUGAAGGUUUUUUAGUUCACUUGUUGCCUUAACAGGGGUGUCAAACUCAUUUUUGUCGCGGGCCGCAUCAUAGUCAUAGUUUCCCUCAGCGGGCCAUUAUGACUGUGUUCUAUAUACAUAAAGUAUAGGCUACACAACACACUAAUAAAUAAUUAAUUUUGAAAUCUAGUAAAAAUAGUUUAAAUAUUUGAAAAAGAUGAAUAGUAAUAAUAAUUGCUAGCAAUGUCUCUAUUUUUUAAAAAUGAAGACAAUUUGUAAAUUUAGUCAAGGUCAAUGCAAAAUGUGUCUGUCGGCCACAUAACAUGAUGUGGCGGGCCGUAUCCGGCCCCCGGGCUUUGAGUUUGACACCUAUGCCUUAGAACAUGGGUAGGCAACUCCGGUCCUUGAGGGCCGGUGUCCUAUGAUUUUUAUGUCUCCCUGUGGCAACACACCUCAUUCAGAUUGUCCGAUAAUUAGCAGUAGUGUGUUGCAAUAGGGAGACGUAAAAAAAACAUGCAGGACAACGGCCAUCGAGGACCAGCGUUUCCUACCCAUGCCUUAGAAGUGCUUGACUUGUUUUAUGACCAUUCGUGGAAAUGACAAAAAAGACAACGUAAUGUACAUUGGAGGACACAGAUUGUGAUGCAAUGAAAUCUUUUCCCCGUGCUCUGCACCCAAAAAUUAGGAAAUUGUACUUCAAAGUACUUUGUUCAAAUUCUACAAAUUCAUGUACCUUCAGUAUUUUUUGCACAAUCACAGUUUUGUCUUUCAAGCACAAGUGAGUAAUCACAAUUUGAAAGACUUGGCAAGUCAUUUUUAAGAAAUAUAGUUUUUUUCAUGGGUAUCUAAGAAAGUUAAAAGCUUUUUGUGUCAUGAUUUUUUUUUUGUCAAUUUAUUUUACAUUCACACAGGUCCUCAACACCUUACAAUGUGUGGUUUGGGUGACAGUGAGAUGUCAGAAAUAAACUGAAUUGUGGAAAAUGUUUUAGCUGUGGAAAAUAAAAUGCAUUAUUAUUGUUUAUGUCAA